GGCAGGCGGCGCGGGCCAUGGCGCUGGCGGAGCUGGCCGCGCGGCUGAACUGCGCCGAGUACAAGAACUGGGUGAAGGCCGGGCACUGCCUGGUGCUGCUGCGGGACGCGCUGCAGCGCUUCGCCGGGGAGCAGCUCCGCGCCUUCCACCGCCAGCUGCUCGCCCGCAGCCCCGCCCGCCUGGCGCCCCCGGGCCGCCUCUGCCGCGGCCGCUGCCUUCCCCGGGGCAGGCAGUUUCAGUCCAGCUGUUCACUGUGCACAGAGUGGAAAAAGGAGAUUUUGAAUCAUCACACCAACAGGAAUGGAGAAGUUCACUGGGGAAACUGCAAACCUUGGCUUUGGCCUUCUAACUCAUGGGAACUUGCAAAGGCUUAUAUGCCUCGUGGGCAGAUGGAUAUUUCUGGACCAGACAAGUGUGAUGCAGCUGCUCUUCUAAACCUUUUCAACUUUUGUGAUCACUUCAGUGGUAUUGACCAGAAGAAAGUCAGAGAGGUGAUUAAGUGCCGCAAUGAAUUAAUGCAUUCUUCAGAAAUGAAAGUUUCUUCUUUAUGGUUGGAAGAGUUUGAAAAGAAGAUUCAGAAUUUAUUAAAGGAACUCCAGAAUGUUCCAGAAGUUAUGACUGCUAGUACAAGGAUAGAAAAGCUUCUGUCAUCGGAUUGGGCUGUUUAUAUACCAGGGGAAGAAGAUCAGCCAGAUGGAUUGGAAGGAGAAACAGAAGUUUGCAUGAGUGGGAGCCAAAUAAGUGAAAUAGAGAUGGAAUUAAUAAAGGAAAGACUUAAAGAGAUCUAUCUUCUGGUAGAAGAGCAGGAGAUGCUGUCUGAAGAGAACUUAAAUAGGAUACAGAUGACAAAGAACUUCUUAAAGGACAGCGGUGAUCUCCAAAUAAGUCUUCAGGCAGAUAUGCAGAGGCUAGAAGGCCUUGAAAAAGAGGGGUACAACCAAAGAAGAUCUAUGAAAGAGACCACGAAAGAAUAUCCCAAUCAGGAGGAGGAUGAAGCUGAUGAUGUAUGUCCAUGUGUCGUCAUCAUCAGGAGAAUCCUGAUGUUCAGAAAGCUGUCAUUAGCCAGCAUUUGA